CGCAUGUUCAGUCAGUCCCCGCCGGCCAGGAUAGCCACUCCGGGCUACGGAUAAACGUCACCUCGAACAUCUCGAUGUGCACGAGUAUAGCCCGCGAUCUUAAUUUUUUUUUUUUAGUGAAAAUUACGUUUUAUCAAUUAACCUAAUCGAAAUAUCAAAAAGACAAUAUUAAUUAAUAUUUUUUGUUUUUUUUUUUUCAAUUUUUUAAUUUGUUUGUGAAAAUAAGUUUAAAUUUAUAAAAAAAAAAAUUUCAUUUGCAUAUGAGAAAUUGCGAAGGAGUGAGAAAACACACACUCGAUAUUUAUAAUGGAAAGAACGCGGAGGAGUUUAUAUAUCAUGAUCAAUAUAUUAUUGCCAUUGAUGCUGGCACUUAGUGUAAAAUGUGAAGCACCAUUGAUUGACAGUAGUGCUUUACCACUUGAACACAGAUCAGUUUAUGGACCACCAGGUCAAUAUGGUGGUGGUGGUCCAGCUCAGUCAUCACAUGGUGCUGAGGAAAAUUGGCCCCUGGCAUCACCAGAUACACCACAAAUAAAACAUUUACAAGUGCAAUGUGAAAAAACUCAUAUGCGUGUUAAUAUUGAAUUUGAUCGUCCAUUUUAUGGUAUGAUAUUUAGUAAAGGUUUUUAUUCAGAUCCACAAUGUGUACACUUGAAACCAGGCACUGGUCAUUUAAGUGCAACAUUUGAAAUAUUUUUAAAUACAUGUGGCAUGAGUAGUUCAGCAAAUCAUAAUGUUGCUGCAUAUGGUGCACCAACACCAUCAGGAAGCUAUGUUGAAAAUACAAUAAUAAUACAGUAUGAUCCAUAUGUACAAGAAGUAUGGGAUCAAGCUAGAAAGCUACGUUGUACAUGGUAUGAUUUUUAUGAAAAAGCUGUUACAUUUAGACCAUUUCAAGUUGAUAUGUUACAUGCUGUUACUGCUAAUUUCCUUGGUGAUAAUUUACAAUGUUGGAUGCAAAUACAAGUUGGCAAAGGACCAUGGGCAUCUGAAGUAUCUGGUAUUGUUAAAAUUGGACAAACAAUGACAAUGGUACUUGCUAUUAAAGAUGAUGAAAGUAAAUUUGAUAUGUUAGUUAGAAAUUGUGUUGCACAUGAUGGUAAACGUGCACCAAUACAACUUGUUGAUCAAUAUGGAUGUGUUGUCAGACCAAAGAUUAUGUCUAGAUUCCAUAAAAUUAAAAACUUUGGACCAAGUGCAAGUGUUGUAAGCUUUGCAUAUUUCCAAGCAUUUAAAUUUCCCGAUAGUAUGAAUGUACAUUUUCAAUGUGUCAUACAAGUAUGUCGUCACAAUUGUCCUGAACCAAAAUGUGGACAUCCUGGUCUUGAGUAUAGUGGUGGUGGUGGUGGUGGUGGUCUACCAUCAGCAGGUAUAUCAUCUGAUUAUGGACCACCACAAGGUUUAGGACCUGAAUAUGGUGCACCACCAGUACCAGAAUAUGGUAUACCACCAGCAUAUCCAGAUCCAAGACAUCCAAGUGGACCAGCUGGUGCUUACAGUGAACCAAAUCCAGAUAUUGUACCAGCACCACAGGCACAAACUUCAUCCUCAUCACCAAGUUCAACAUCUGGUGAAUCAACAGCAAGCAGUAGUCCACCACAAAAUAAUAUCAACAACAACAACAACAAUAACAAUAUUAAUAAUAUUAAUAAUCAAGAUGAUUUUAAUUUACCACCACCACCAUUACCAGGACAUCGCGCUAGUGCAUAUCAAACAGUUAAACGAAAAGGUACUGUUGGAUCGGCUGAUGAACUUGAAGGUAAUUUAGCAACACUUGGUGGACGACCAAGAUCUGUUGAAGGUUUACCAGCUGAAUUACGUGGUGCUAGAAAAAGAAGAAGAGCAUCAGAUGAUUUUGAUAAUAUUGCAAUGGAUCCUAGUCUAUUUCAUACAAUGACUGUUGUAUCAUCACACGUAUACAAAAGAGCUGCACAAGAAAUGACUGAUGUUAAUACAACAAGAAUCAUACAAGUUGUUGCACCUGGUGAUGUUAAUUUUGCAUUAGGAACAACAAACCCAAGCAAUGAUACAACUGUUGUCAUACAAAAUGCAAAUAUGUCAAAUGAUUCAGAGACAAUAUGUAUGUCAUUGCCUGGAUUUGUUGGUGGUCUCGUUAUGUUAUUACUUGUUAUUAUUGUUGCAUCACUUGUUGCUGCAUUUUUAUUUGUUCGAGUUAGAGCUAUUGAUCGUAAAAAUGCUAGUAUGGCUAAUGUCACAUUUGCACAUCCAAUUUACACAACUGAUAAUUGUCAAAUAACAAAUCCAGAAUUUGUCAAAGUUGCAAAUUAAUUUUACUUUUAUUUAUUUAUUUUUAACAAGUGAUUUUUAUUUAUUAUUUUUUUUUUUUUUUAAAUAAUGGAAAACGUAGAAAAACAAAAGAAUUUAUGACUGAAAAAAAAAACAAAUAAUUUCUACUUUGUUUUCUUUUUUGAAGAGAAAAAAAAAAAAAUAUCAACAAUUAAUUCCUUAAAAACUCAAUGAUGAUGUUUAAUUAAAAUUAGAUAAAAAAUUUUUUUGGAGUUUAAGAGUGUAAAUUAAUUUCGUAUGAAAGGAAAAAAAAGUAAAUUUUCAUGUAAAUAAGGUUUUUGAUUGAGUCUAAAUAAAUAUCUAGAAGUUAAAAAAUAAAUAAAUAAAUAAAAAUUAUAAAAGAAAAAAAAGAGGGACAUCAAACAGUGACUCACUGACAAGACAAUAUUAAUUUUUAAUUAUUAAAAUAGUAUUGUCUUGUCAGUUUGGAGAGUAGGUGUAUAUAAAAAACGAAAAAAAUACAAAAAAAAAAAAUCCAAAAACUGACGAAAACAAAAAAAAAAAAAACAAACAAAUUAUGUACUCUCCAUUUUGUCAAGUCUCUCGUCAGUUUUUUCACUCUAAAAUUAACUACUAUUAAUUAUAUUAAUUAUCAUAUUUUUCAUUAUUCAUUUUGACUAGUUUCAAAGAGAAUUUCUCUUCAUUUUUUUUUUUUUUAAAUGUCAUACCUCAUUCGCACCCGAGUCUCAAAUGAUUAUCGUUCAGAUUUAAUCGAGUCAUUUUGUUAAUUUUUUUCUUCCUC